AAUAAGACAGUCAUAUCGUCGUUACUGAGCUCAAAAAUAGGAAGGAGGACGGUGAUUUUAUUAUGAAAGAUUUGGUCGGAAGUAAUGUUUAUCAGUUCCUCUGUGGAAUUAUUCUGGGUUUAUAUGAAUGAGUCCAGUCUAGUUACCAUGGAGAUGUGUUCUGUGAAGCCUGCUCUGGACUAGACUAAAAUUCCGGUAGAAUGUAAUGUUCUGCAAUAAAGUGCAAGUUACAUCUUUGAUUAAAUCUUUGGUCGGUACCGGUGAUUUGGUUCAGCUGGAUGACGCUUCUCUGUCCCUAGAUUUAUUCUACUUUUGAUAAAGUCGUCGGAUCAAUACAAAACUACGUGGGUUAAACAGAAACGCCCGAUGUUUCCUGCUCCUGACAAACUACCGCUAAAAGUCGCGGCAUGUUUUUUAAAAUGCGCUGUUAGUGGAAACUGUGUUUGCGUUGUUUCAUUUAAGCUCUUGGAUAGCGAUCCUUAUUCAGCGACGAACAGGUUAUAAAACACAGUUGAAUUUGUUGAGUGUGGUUAGACCCUGUUAGAACAGAACCGAACCCUGUUCCACCCUCGGCUUCACCGACACCGAGGAGAAAUACCGAUGAAUAAACUAAAGUGCUGGUGUCCUACGGUAGAUACUACGCGUGUGCCAUUAACAGCAGUCCAGCAGCGGUGGGAGGGGCUAAGACACAUCUGGAUGGAAAACAUCUGGAGCCUCUGAAUACACGAGCGGCUGUGUGUGGAACCCGAAGCCGAACAGCCACGGACCGACAGACGUACUGACUGACCCAGCGCCCGCGUGCGUCUCCGGCUCACUUGAUCCGCAGACGAUGGCCCGGUGCUGGACGGUUUGGACCGGGCUCCUCGUCCUGCUGACGGUCGAUCAUCCUCAUGUCCAGUCCUUCAGCCACCUGAGCUACAACCUGUGUAAGUGGUGCGAGGCGUCCAGUCCCGUGUGCAAGGACAGCAUCUGUGUCUCUAAAUGCUCCCUGUCGUCCUUCUGCAACGCCAUUGAAGAGAUCUGCAUUGCAAUAUGGAGAAAGACCAACAGCACCAUGACUGUGCAGACCAUGUGCCACCACCCCAGUCUGCCUCUGGAGGGCGUGGACCCCGGCCUGCUGCUGAACUUCACCUCCAGAGAGUGUCUCAUGGUAGCACAGCCGGCAGACGAUGGAGCCAUGAUGGUCUGUGGUUGCCAGGGGGAGCAUGAGUGCAACGACAGGCUCAUCUUCAACAAGGAAGUCAACGGUUUCUCCAAGCUGCAAAGUAAAGAUGUGAUUCCUGUGGUGGUGGUCAGCAUGGCCCCCCCCAUCCUCGUGGCCUUAAUCGCCCUUGCAGCCUUUUACUUGUACCGCACACAUUGCUCCAAUAAACCGGGCCCUGCCGCACGCCCUAACUGGCCCAGCAAAUGCACCCCAGAACUCUACCAGGCUUUGGACCGGCCAUGUGAGCAUCUGGGAGAUCGAGGGGAGGAUGGAAAAGAGACUGGGAUGGGUCCUGGUCCACAGUUAGAACAAUCCUAUGCUCAAAUGCUGUCUUCCAAAGGUGACCGCGGGUGGGAGGGGCAGCGGGUUGAACCGCUGCCCAUCAAACUGGAGGCCCUGGUGGGGAAGGGUCGCUUCGCUGAGGUGUGGAGGGCACGUCUGCUGCAGGGUUCGAAGCACAAAGUCAGCAUCUAUGAAACUGUAGCAGUGAAGGUGUUUCCAUCUGUGGAGUACUCCUCGUGGAGAAACGAGUGCUCCGUCUUCUCAGACCCAAAACUGGAGCAUGAAAACGUGGUUCGAUUCCUGGCUGCAGAAGAAAGGGGUCCGCCGGGCCACAUGCUUAGGAAGUACUGGUUGGUUCUGGACUAUCACAGCCUGGGGAACUUGCAGGACUUCCUCACAGCAAACAUCCUGAACUGGGAGGAACUAAUCUCCAUGGCAGGCAGCAUCGCUAGAGGAGUAGCUCAUCUCCACAGCGACACGACUCCCAGUGGGGCACCAAAGGUGCCAGUUGCCCAUCGGGACCUGAAGAGUAGCAACAUUGUGGUGAAGAGCAGGAUGGAGUGCGCUCUCUGUGACUUUGGUCUAGCACUGAGACUGGACCUGUCCCUCACUGUGGACGACUACGCCAACAGUGGACAGGUGGGGACAGCUCGCUACAUGGCCCCUGAGGUACUGGAGUCCAGGGUGAACCUGGAGGACCUGGAGGCCUUUAAACAGAUGGAUGUCUACUCCAUGGCUCUAGUUCUUUGGGAGAUGGCGUCGCGCUGCCGGGCCAUUGGAGACGUGCAGAGCUACGAGCCGGCAUUUGGCUCCAAGGUUUGUGAGCAGCCCUGCGUGGAGAGCAUGAGAGACCUGGUGCUAAGAGACCGAGGAAGGCCGGACAUCCCCUCAGCUUGGACUCAGCACCAGGGCAUGAACACAUUCUGCUCCACCAUCGCUGAGUGCUGGGAUCAUGACCCUGAGGCCCGGCUGACAGCUCACUGUGUGGUGGAGCGUCUCCUUGUCUUGCAGCAGGAGCAGGAGGAACCAAGACCCGAAGGCCAACAGAGACUGAAGGACUCACCAGAGGAUGGACCGGUUCACUCCUCCUCCCUGGAGGUUCUUUAG